UGUCAUUUGUAAAAACUUGAAAAAAUUUUUAACUUGUUUUUACUCAAAUGAAUUUUAAAAAUAUCAUCUGUGUUUUUGACAUAAAGGUCUAUCAUAAACAACCAUUGGACUUAUUUUUGUUGUUAAAUUCUAAUCUUGGCGAUAAGUUGAAAAAUUCCACCGGUUUAUCAACUCCCUCUUCCAUUUUAUCUGUAAUAUAAAUUCUCAUCGCAAACAAUUAACCGCAGUUAUAUUUGUACCGUCAAAAUGACAUUACUCAAUUUACCAAGAUUGUUUUUAAUAUUAUCUAGCCAAUUUUUAUCAAUAAACAGUGAUUCGUCGUUAGUGAUAAUAACAUGGGACUAUUUCAAUGCUACUGAGUAUGCAUGGAAAAUUUUAAAUGAAGAACACAAAAGUGCGAUAGAUGCAAUCGAAGGUGCUUGUGCUCUAUGCGAAGAACAGCAGUGUCGUACUACAGUUGGAUAUGGAGGAAGUCCUGAUGAACUCGGUGAAACUACACUGGACGCUAUGAUUAUGGAUGGAGUAACCAUGGACGUCGGAGCUGUUGGUGGGAUUCGAAACAUAAAAAAUGCAAUAUCAGUUGCUAGAAAAGUAAUGGAGAACACAAAACAUACUCUAUUAGCUGGAUCUCUUGCUACUGACUUUGCUCUGAAGAUGGGAUUCAAACAAGAAUCGCUGACAACUGAUUUCUCGAAAAAUAUGUGGGAAUCCUGGAUUAAAAAUGCAUGUCAACCUAACUUCUGGAAGAAUGUCAGUCCCAAUCCCUCUGCUUCAUGUGGCCCGUACACUCCUUUGCCAGAGCAAAAGAACGAAGAUAACUAUUUGGAAUCCUUUGACGUAGAUGAAGACAAUCAUGACACCAUUGGUGUAAUUGCAAUGGAUAGUAAUGGAAAAAUUGCAGCUGGUACAUCAACCAACGGAGCAAACCACAAGAUACCUGGAAGAGUUGGAGAUUCACCAGUUCCUGGAGCUGGGGCUUACGCUGAUCAAGAAGUUGGCGCUGCUGCUGGCACUGGAGAUGGUGAUGUGAUGAUGCGAUUCUUACCUAGUUUCCUAGCCGUUGAAGAAAUGCGUCGAGGAGCCAGUCCAAGCGAAGCGGCUGAGGUCGCAGUCACAAGAAUUGCUAAACAUUAUCCUAAUUUCAGUGGAGCUAUUAUUGCUUUAAAUAAAAAUGGGGAAUACGGAGCAGCUUGUCAUGGGUUCAAUUCUUUUCCUUUCUAUGUCAGUAACCAGAAACUUGGAAAACCGAAAUUAUUUUUAGCGAAUUGUAUUGAUGCUAUGAAUGAAGUGGAAAUGAUUUAAGGAUUAUUUGAUUUUAAUUAGUUAUAUUAUUUUUUAUCAAUACUCAUCAAUUGAAUGCUGAGUAAAAAAAUAGUUUUUGAAAAAUUAAAUUUUUAAAAAAAUUAUUGAUAG